AUGAUGGAAAUGAAGCAGGAAGUCAUUUGUGUGACCCCUUGGGAGGAUAUAAGAGGAUAUCACCAGCAUUGUGUGGAUACUGUCCCUGAGUACUCGGCUUCUUGGCUACUUGGCCCCUGCGUGCGUGAGCGUGUGACUGUGGCGUGUGUGGCGGUGGGCGGCGGGGUGCGGGCGGCAGGCGGGGACAUCUUCUACUUCAGCUCGUGGCCUGCUACUGGGCGGGUCGCUGCCGGGGAGGAGAGGGUGCUGCGCUGUGCUGUGUCCGACGCCGCCAGCAUCACCCUAACCUGGCACCUAGACGGCCGCCCCCUCACCUACUCCUCCAGGCGCCGCGUGAGAGGGGUCGGGGAGGAGUCGAGGGUGGUGCUGGCAGACCCGAAGGAGAAGGGGGCACUCCGCAGCGGCUCCUCUGUCAAGCUAAGGUGUCGCGUAGAGGGCGGGCCGGACCUAUACUACGUCUGGUAUAGGAAUGGAGAGGCGGCAGACGGAGUGAAGGGAAUCAGCGUGUCCAGGAAGCGUCUCUCCAUCUCCAACUAUGACGCGGCGACUCACAACGGCGUGUACACCUGCAGCGCCUCCGUCUAUAAGCCCCCAGGUGUUCCCCUCCCCUCCGCGCCCCCCCUCACCGUCACCACCACCCACACGCCCCUCACCCUCGCCCUCAAAGACAGCAAGGUGCCAGACAUCGAGGUGGCCCCUGCGUCCCUGGUGGUGGGCGGGGGGCGGCGCGCCAUGCUGCAUUGCCACUACCGGGGUAGCACCAACCUUACCUGGUACCUGAACGGCGCCGGUCCUCUUACUAACAGCUCCAGGCACGUGCUGCUGAGGAACGGGAGUCUGGUGGUGCAGGCUGCGAGUGUCGGGGACGAGGGCGUGUACACGUGCAAGGGGCGCCUCAAGGACCGCCCUUACUCCUCCUCUUACGCUGCCACUCUCACUCUUGCCUUACCCCUGUUCCGCACCCUGCCCCUGUACCGCUGUCCCUCAACCCUGCCCACUGUACUGCUAUCCCUCACCCCUGCCCCCUCACUCCUGCCUUCUGUACCCCUGUCCCUCAUCCCUGCCCCGUGUACCGCCAUCCUCAUCCAUGCCUCUCAAUCUCCCUGCCCCUCGCGCCGUCAUCCCAGAUCUGGAUACCAACUCCCCGCCGGACGCUUGAGCCGGGGCCUAAACCUUCGCAACAUACACGUGGUGGGCGCUGGGGGGCGGCUGAAGGUCCUAUGCCUCCCUCCUGCUGGUCUACCGCGCCCUCGUGCCUCCUGGGUCGCCGUGGCGUUGAAGGAGGACGAAGGAGGCGCCGGCGUGGAUAACAGGGGAGGCGCUGAGUUACUGGUAGAGGAUGUCAGUUACGCUCAUGCUGGGAACUAUACUUGUGUGGCCUCAAACCUGGCGGGGAAUUCGUCAGUGUCUCUGCAACUUGUGGUGACGAGAAAGCCACACGCCCAGCUGGUGACGGCGCCCUUGGAGGUACUAGAGGAGGAGACGGCGAGACUGGAGUGCCGGGUGGAUGCCUCGUCACGACCUUACACCAACGUCACCUGGACUCGCAACGGCAGCCCGGUAGGAAACAGAGAGAAACAGAAAGACAAGGAACAUCUGGAUAGCUAG